AUGCAAGGACAAUAUGGCUUUUUACAACAGGAUCCUCGUUUUCUUCAACAACAACAAGCAUCAAACCAACGUCAAGGCAAUGCAAAUCAACUUCAGCCACAGCAAACUGGAUAUGUCCAACCUCAACAAACUGGAUAUGUUCAACCUCAACAAACUGGAUAUGUUCAACCUCAACAAACUGGCUUCAUUCAAUCUCAACAAACCGGUUUUGCGCCUCCUCAACAGAUGGGCUAUGUGCAACCACAGCGCACUGGAUAUAUGCAACCUCAAAUGACCGGGUUUGCUUCAGGUGGGAUGAUGAGGCCUCAACCGACUGGAUACGGUAUGCAAACCCAACAGACUGGCUUUGCUGGAAGUUCUGGCCUACCACCGAUGCCAGCCUUACCAAGUCAAUACCAAGGUCAGCAACUUGGACUUCCCAAUUCGUUACCUGCGGUCAACUCUCGUUUCAGUUCUGGUCUAUCUCCUAUGGGCUCUCUCGCUGCUCAGCCAACUGGAUAUGGAAUGGGAUUUUCUGGACAACUACCGGCUUUGGGGGCUUCUUCUCAGCCGUUUUUGAACACCUUCAUGCCUGCCCCUGGAGUUUCACAACCUUCAAUGUUCGGAGCCUCGAAUUUCCAGCCCUCGCAGAUGCAGUUUGCUCAACAGCCUAAUCAGUUCAAUGGAAUGAGUCUACAGCAAACCUUCCAACAACAAAAUCAACAACAGAUCGGCCAGUCUCAAGUCAAGGUUCCUUGGAAACUCUCUACGGAAGAAAAGAAAAGUUACGAUCAGAUCUUUCGCGCUUGGGACCAGGCUGGAACAGGGUUUAUCGAGGGUAAAAUGAGCACAGAAGUCUUUGCUCAGAGUGGAUUGGGACGAGAGGAUUUGAUGCAGAUUUGGGGAUUGGCCGAUGUAGAGAACCGUGGCAAGCUCAAUAUGGCCGAAUUUCAUGUCGCUAUGGGUCUGAUCUAUCGUCGACUAAACGGAAACCCAAUUCCUCCUACUCUUCCAGCUGAAAUGGUCCCACCCUCAGCCCGAGAUCUAGACAAUUCGGUCGAUUUUCUCAAAGACCUUCUCAAAAAAGACAACGCUCGAUCAACUGGCGAAUCUUACGCCCAACACACUUUGGGGCCUGUUCGUUCCUUGCACAGCAACAAAAGUUCUCCUGACCUACGUAAAGAUGCCACGAUGUAUAAGCAUGAUGAAUACGAUGGCUCUGGUACAUAUAAAUCGCGAUCUCGCCACAUAGAUCGCCGGGAUGUUCGACAUGCUGGCAAUGAGAAGACUGGUCUCGAUGAUUUGAAACGUGAAUUGGACCGUACUGAUAGCAUCAUUGAGUCAUCCAGGCGCGAGAAUGAAGACGAUGAAGGGCUCGAUCACGAGUUGGAAGAUCUGAAGUAUCGCAUCCGUCGCUUACAAGAUGAUAUCGAGCAUAACGCACGAUCUGGUAGACGCUCUGAAGCCAAAGAUGACGAACGCCGGCAAUUAGAGCGUGAGUUGCUUCGUUUGCGCCACGACGACUUGCCAGAUCUCGAAAGGCGCAUUGAAUCUCGGGACCGAGAGCGCCGCCGCGAGGCCAAUAGGUACGCUCAGGAAAGGGAUUCUCGCAAUAACAGGUCACGCUUUGAAGAUCAGGGUCGCGAUCGCGACGAAUAUCACCGCCGCGACAGUGCUGGUGAUCGAGGCUACUUGAAAGGAUCUUAUGAUCGAGACACACCUUCGCGCACUUCCGAAAGAGCACCUCGAGAUCUUCCCUCAAGAAAUUCUUACCGGGAAGCCCCAUCGAGGUCUUCCAUGCGUGAAGAACGCUCACAACAUGAUGACUUUGAUCAUAACUCAGCAAGACACGACUCGUCUGCCCCCACAGUAGCCAAGCCACCUCCGCCCACAACUACAACCAAAACCAUGACACCGGAGGAAAAAAAGGCCUUUAUCCAAGCUGAAGCUCAACGUAGAAUCCAGGAGCGACUUCGAUCUCUUGGAAUCGGUGGAACUGUCUCGACACCUGCCGUCGACCCUGAUGUGAACUCUCGUCUGGAGCAAGAAAGACAAGAAGCUGCCAUACAAGCUUCUAAAGCGGAUGUUGAAGCUGAAGCGCGAGAAAAACAACGUCAAAUCCGUCUGGAGGAAGAAAGGCUAGGCCGAAUUCAGGCGGAAGAAGAGUUGAAUUCAAAGACUGCUGAAGCCAUUCAAGUCAAAAAAGAUACUGUCAGUAUUCCGUCAUCAACGACCGCGGCCUCCUCAAAUGCAACAGCAGUUUCUGAAGAAGAAGAAGCCCUGAAGAGAAGAGAAGAAGCUCUGGCCAAAGAAAAGGCGGCACGCAUCGCCAGGAUUAAACAAUUGGAAGAGGAGGAGGAAGAGAGUCGCAGACUAGAGGAAGAAUUCAAACGCAAGAAGGCGAUGUUUGCAUCUCAAGAAGGGGUCUCAUCCCCUAUCGGUAAGAAAGCACCACCUCCACCGCCUAUGCCACGAAGUCGAGCGGCACCACCCCCGGCUCCAAAGUCUCGCUCCAGCCAACCAAUCAUUCCUUCGGUUUCUAUCACAGAGGACAGCUGGGAAGCGCCCGAAGUACCUUCAUCAUCUUCUCGAGAAGCGCCUGCCUCUAAGCCUGCAUCGCAUUCUUCAUCUCCCAUAGCCUCUCAAACUCCCUCAGCGCCCCCACCACCAGCACCACCAGCACCACCAGCACCUCAAGUAUCUCAACUACCGCCAGCGUCAGCAAGUACCAAUCCUUUUCAUCGGUUCAAUCCCGCCGCUACUGACAAACCGGUCUCGACGCCUGCUGCAUCCACACCCAACACGUCUGGCACUAACCCUUUUUUCAAGCCAGCAUCAACUAGUCAAACAAUCUCAACAUCGACAACCCCCGCGGUGCAAAGUUACCGGCCGCCGCCGAGACCGAAAGACUCUGAUGAUGAAUGGGAUGCAACCGAAGAAAAGGGUGAUGAUGACAGUGACGAUGAAGGCGCUACAACUGCCCGAAAAGCGCGCCAGGGUUUAGCUGAAGCCUUGUUUGGCGGUGGACCAUCUCGUCCGCAAUCAGCCGCUGGUAAUAUCACUGCCGCACCCCCGAGUGCCAUGGCUCCACCGGCUCCGCCCAUCGCGCCUGCUGCUCCCCGAGCGCCAGGCCUCGUAGUGCAGCCGAGUGGACCAAUCGAUCGUGGAAUGCUACUAGGCGAGAUACAAGGGGGAAAGCGUCUUCGUAAAGCGCAGACCAAUGAUCGUAGUGCAUCUUCACUGGCAGGGAAAGUAUUGGGUGGUAUCGACCCACCAUUACCACAAAAUGAUGCACGCGCCCCAGAAUCCAACAAAGACAAUCGACUCUCAGUUGACUGGUUUGGUGGUAUGGCGGCGGAUGGUAUGCAUGCAGGUGCUAUCCCAUCCCCAAGCCAUUUGCCGUCUUUGGAAUCACACACUGAGGAGCCCAAUGCCGAGAUGGCUGCGAGUGCAGUUGGUAAUGACAACCCAUCGGAGGAUGUGACUCGUGACUUCAACAUGGACAAUGGUCUUUGUAUCCUUAUGAAGCUCAACGGCCGGAUGAUCUCGCUUUUUGAAGAAAAUUUAGUGAUACGUGCUCAUCCUCCAAAGACUGAUGGUGAUUGGUGGUAUGGCACGGUUGAGAGGACCGGUCAAUCGGGUACCUUUCCGAGAGCAUACGUGGACGAGCUCAAAGUUUCUUGGGGCGAAGCUUUAUAUAGUUAUUCCGCUAGUAGUGCUGAUGAAGUAUCCUUGGUCGAGAAUACGCAAGUCCCGGUGGUGGAUGAUUUGUCCGACCCAGACUGGCUCAAGAUCGAGGAUCAGGGUCGGAUUGGACUUGCCCCCAGGGCUUACAUCGAGAUUGGCGUGUCUACCUCGGCUGCUAGGCAGUUGAUUCCAGUGUCUGAUCAUACUAAAACCUCAUUCGAGGCAUCCCACACAGUUUGUGCUGUUGAUCCUCCCUCCCAAAGCCACGAUAAUCAUCUCGAUAGUCCGUCCGGUCCGAUACUAUCCACCCCCCGACCUAGUCCUGUACGUCUCCUCAACGAUCGACAAUCUAUGACACCAUCCAACCUAUCAUCCAUGAAACCUUCAACCUCAACUUCUGAUAGUUUGUCAGACGAAGAAAGUGAACCAGAGCAAGACAAUGAUGAAUUGGCUCGGCGUAAUGAAAUCGAACGAUACCGAAUCCUGGCAGCCGCCGGUCUGGUCAGAAAGCCAACUCGCCCUCAGCCUUCCCCUCCCGUAAGAUCCCGCCGGCGCAGUUCUGGGUGUGGUUCACCACCACAACCAACAUCAUCUUCUACCCCACCGACCCUUAGGAUCGAUUCCUCGUCAGCUGAUGAAGCUAACGAUGGUGGUAUUGGUCAACAGCUCGGAAGUGAGCAAAAAAUGGAAGAUGCUUUGACAAGAUACUUGAGAUUGCAACGUGAACUACCACCUUUACCAGCGCCAGUCCAAGAUAGUUUACCAAUGUCACGCCAGUUCUUGACCGCCCAAGCUUCUCGGCCCAUAUCGAUGACAAUGUCAUCAACGAAAUCGUAUCAAAGUCCACAUCAUCCGGGCGGAACACUUGGAUUUCGAGCUUGGAUGUCGGACCUGUCAAAAUCUGUUGUAGGUGGCGGUUCAAGCCAUUCUGCAUCCACGUCAAGGAGAAGGGCUGUCUCUAUCAGUAGUCCGAUGUCUCCAUCGCCAGAUCAGCCCCCGUUAUCUUCAGACACCACUGCGUCCUUUGGUUCGUCUUGGUCUAGUUUGAUGGAUAUCGAGACUCUUUCGACAUAUCCAGAUCGUGAAAGGAACCGUCAGGAGGCGAUCUUUGAGUUGAUCAAGACUGAAGCCGCAUUCGUACAAAAUUGUCAAUUAUUAACUGAAGUCUUCCAUCGUCAAUUAGCCCCUAUAUUGGGAUUUAGAGCUUCAAUGGUUAUUUUUGCAAAUAUCGAAGAAAUCAUGCUCUUUGGAGUCACAUUUCUUAGCGCAUUAGAAGAAAGACAGACUGAAGACAAACUGUUGGUAAGGUCGAUUGGGGACAUAAUAUCUAAUCAUGUACAAGGCCUGGACCUUUAUCGACCUUAUUGUACCAAUCAAGCUAAUGCCGCGCGGGUUCUAAAUGAUCUCAAGACUCGGUAUCCUGAAAUUCGAGACCAACUCAAUAGGACUAAAGUCAAGGGACUUGAACUAGAGCAUUAUCUCCUUGAGCCGAUGCAACGACUCACUCGAUACCCAUUGCUUAUCAAGCAGAUUAUAAAAUAUACCGAUCCGCAGGCGACUGAUCACGGUUUACUACGAUCGGCCUUGCAGAAAGCUGAAACGGUACUAACAGCCACAAAUGAGGCAAUCAGAGAUCAGGAGAAUGAAUUAUACUUGGCUUCUUUGUCGGAAAAUCUCAGUAUUCCUGGUUGCGAUGCGCGGUUGAACUUGACUAAUCCCUCACGAUUCGUUGGUCGACGUCGUCUGAUACGGGAUGGACCCGUGUCAAAACCUAGAUCACGCAAGAUCUUUCACGCCUACUUAUGCAAUGACUUCUUUUUACUUACUAUCCUUCCAGUUGUCACACCAAAUCCUAUCGAAACGCCACAAGUGAUGUAUCGAGCUCCUAUGCCACUUGAAGAAUGUCAACUGGAGGCUGGAAAAGAUGACACCAGUUUGAUCUUGAUACAUCGUUCAGAGAGGCUCACUCUUAGAUUUCCAGGUGGACCUAAAGUUUGUGCAAGUUGGAAAGACGAUUUUUCUUUGGCUAGACGAAUCGUUUACCAGGCGCUUACUGCUCGAAGGGAUAAACGAGCCUCAAUUCCAAAUCAGUUAUGCCAUAUGCCAACCAACGACCCUUCACCAAAUCAAGAGGUGAAGAAUGGUGAAACGCAUAUCCAUCCUAGAUAUCAACAACGUUAUCAUAGUGUUUAUCAAUCAGGGUUACCUUCAGCUUCAAAUGGAGGAAGCCCUCGACCGAUUGAAGGAGCUGAUAAAUUAGGAAACAAAAUAUCAACGGGACCAGUUAUAGUUGAGGAUCAAAUUGUAGAAUCAUUCAAAAGGUAUCAACUUGAUGAACAACCUCCUUCUUUACCCAUGGUUCCUAAAACUGGUGGUUGCAUUCUUUCUGUUUCUGCAUUUUUUGAUAUUCAGUUAAACACAUUCUAUUCUCCAAUGUUACUCAGACUUUUUGAGCUAGAGGGCAAUGCUGGAUUCAACUUUAGACUCGGGAUUGGGAGGCAUAAGGUGGAAGCCUGUGUUGAAACUCUGGAGUGCGGAUCGGCUUUCCUGGACGGUCUUGAGAGUCUAUCAAACCCAGAUAAAAGGGAAAUUGCAGAAGUGGGCUCGCGUGGACUUGUAGGUCUAGAAUGUUUAGGUAUAGGUGUUGAAUCAGGUAUCACGGGAGACUCGAUGACCAUGGGAGUGGGGACUUCUUCCUUGGCUGUUGGUAAUGUUGAAUUGGCGAGGCCUUUGGGAGGAGAGGAGUGCGAGGGGGAUUCAGAUUGA